AUGUCGCGGUGGAAUGCUGUGGAGUCGAGCAUCGAGCGCCCAUGUUCGCUGAGGUCCCUCCGUGCUGUUGCAGCAGCUCGUCCAGAAGCGCGCCGACCCCAAGGAGGACAAGGCCUGGCGGGCAGAGGGCCGCGGUGCCACGGCUCCCUCACGACUGUGCACAACUGCGCACAGGACCUUCCGGUGGUGCACGUGGGGCCGAGAAGCGACGAAGAGAUCAAAGAGCUCGUGGACCAGCAGAGGAUGCUGGCGUGGCUUCAGCUGCGCACUCUGGCCUUUGUCUUCGCGGUCUUCUCUUGUGCUGCGAUCUACGCGUACCUGUGGAAAGACCCCCCAGUGGAAGUCCAGGCGAAAGAGGAGUUGAGCGAUGACUUCCAGUUUGGCAUCUGCAACUUUUUCGAGGACAUGCAUGUGACCUGCUUGAGCUUCUUCUGCCUGCCGUGUCGAUGGGCUGACACUAUGAACGCCACGGGGAUGCUGGGCUUCUGGACCGCCUUUUUGCUGUUCUUCGUCAUCAACAUGCUUUGCUCUUGGGCGAACCGCUUCGACAUCACGCUCGGAUUCGUGGCAUGGAUUGCUGGCACACUCGUCUUUGCGUACUACCGGCAGCAGCUCCGGAAGCUCUUUUCCAUCCGAAACGAGCCAACGGAUCAGGUGAAGGAUGUGGCGCUCUGGGCUUGCUGCUGCUGCUGCGCGGCGGUUCAGGAAGCCCGCCAGGUGCGAGCUGCUGGAAAGCUGUCCGAGGUCUGA